CUGUGACAUUGUGUGUGCUCGUUUGAAUUCGGAAGCUUUUACGUUCAAGAUGCGGCAGAAACGUGGCCUGGCUAUAGGCAUCCUUCUAGUAUUACAUAUGAGCGGAACACUGAGUGAUCAGACGUCUAACGAAGGUGGUGGCGGGGGCGGGCCGAGCUCAGACUCCAACAGUGCAGCGGAACCAUCUAGCGACCAACUGGCGAUGGAGUCUUCGGAGAGGGAAACACCAAGUCAUGCUUACAACGGACCACCGCCUCCAGUUCCACCGCCGCACAAUCGAAGGCAGAAUCCGCAACACCACCAGCCACACCAUCCAAUAGGUAUGCCCAGGAUUCCCAAUCAUCAUCAACUUCACUCAAAGCCUUUCCCUCUCGGACCUCCUGUCAAUCACCACAAAAAUGAGAUUGGUACCGGAUUCCGCGGACCGCCUCCUCCUCCCGCACCGCCUUCUGAUGCUCAAGCUUCAGCCAGCGAUAAGGUGUUCAGCACUGCCGGGGACGUCUGGCCAGCACCCGCACCUGACAUGCCGAAGAUUCUUUCACUCGACGUAAAGUGUGAAAAGAACGCUAUGAGAGUGUUUCUUAGUUUCGACAAACCAUUCUUUGGAAUAGUAUUUUCGAAAGGUCACUAUUCAAAUCACCAGUGCGUCCACCUUCCUCCCAAUCUAGGUAGAACAUCGGCUUCGUUCGAAAUCGGUGCACAUGCGUGCGGUACAGCAGGCAGUGGAGACCCGCGAUACCGAGGAGACGUAGCCGCCGCCGGGACAUAUUUUGAGAACGUAAUAGUAAUACAAUAUGACCCACAAGUACAAGAAGUAUGGGAUCAAGCAAGAAAAUUACGGUGUACGUGGCACGAUCAAUACGAGAAGGCAGUUACUUUCAGACCCUUCCCAGUGGAUAUGCUAGAUGUUGUUCGAGCUGAUUUCGCUGGUGACAAUGUCGGUUGCUGGAUGCAAAUCCAGGUCGGAAAAGGACCUUGGGCAUCUGAAGUAUCGGGACUCGUCAAGAUCGGACAGACAAUGACUAUGGUAUUAGCAAUCAAAGAUGACGAUGCGAAAUUCGAUAUGUUAGUUCGUGACUGUGUAGCUCAUGAUGGUCAACGCGCUCCUAUACAAUUAGUCGAUAGGCGAGGCUGUGUAACUAGACCUAAACUCAUGUCAAGGUUUACAAAGAUCAAAAACUUUGGAGCUAGUGCAUCCGUUCUUUCAUACGCUCACUUCCAGGCAUUCAAAUUCCCUGAUUCCAUGGAAGUGCAUUUCCAAUGUACAAUCCAGAUUUGCAGAUAUCAUUGUCCCGACCAGUGCUCCGAUGGCGGCCAUAACGUAAUUGCUCCUCACGCUGAAUAUGGACCGCCACAAAUUGACUCAUAUCCAGUUAAUGUGGAGAUAAGGAGAGAUGAGCGCAGAGUAAGGAGGCAACGACGGGCUACUUCCCCUGAAAAAGAAGUCGGUGUGAACAGAGUUAUACGAGUAGUUUCUGCUGGUGAUCUCAACAUGGAUUCCGCGGAAGAAAGCACACUUCCGAGAAUUGUACCGACGCCAGGUCUUGUUUGUAUGACUACUCCAGGAUUUGCUGCGACGCUUGGGGCCCUCCUUAUCACAUUAAUAUGCUCAUCUGCGGUUUCAGCAGUCUUAUUUUUCAAACUGCGUCCCAUAUCAAAGCUGAAGAAGAAAACCGCCGCUGUUUCCACGAUACCGAGGCCGCAUCCGACGACAGGGCCACACGUAAUCUCAAAAAGUCGAUUUUACUCGUAACAUUUUGAUGCAUUUAUAAUAAAAUUUGUAAAUAGUAGGGUAAUGAGACUGAAGUAACAACCAUGCCAAUACAUUAUUUAUUAAUGUGCUCAAAUAAUCAUUUAGGUACAAUUGAAAGUCCUGUAGUUUUUAUUGUCCUCGUGUUAAAUGAUUUUAAAAUUGUAGAAAAAUUAAAGAGAGUGAAUUAACAGACUCAGCCAUUAUGAGACUUCAGUUAAGUUCGUAUAUAGUAAACAAUAAUAAUGCAUUUAAAAGAGCUGUAGUAGCAGAUUUCACUGAAAGGAUAAAAUCAAGGGAGUAAUUAUGCAAUGCACUUACAUUAACAAUCACGUUC